CCCUUCUCUUUCCCCUUGGAACCUAGCAGGCGCUAGGUUCGCAAGGAACCGAACCCAACACGCUUGCUUGGGUUCGCAAGGAACCCAAGCGUGUUGGGUUCGCAUUUGAGUUCCUACAAACCUAGCACGCUUGGGUUCCUUACGAACCUAGCACUUGGGUUCCACCGAACCCAAGUGCAAAAAAUUUUUAAAAAAAAAUUUCUGCUUUUGUUUUUUGGAUUUUGUUAUUUGAUUGUGAUGAAAAAUUGAUUGAUAAAGAUGAAAAAGGCAAGGCAAGGCAGUCACUGGGUUACUGCAGGUGCUGGGUUCGACGUUGGGUUCGAUUUUGAACCCAGUAGCUGCUGGGUUCAAUUUCGAACCUAGCAGCCACUAGGUUUUUGUAGAUGCUGGGAUCGAAAUCCAACUCAGCAUGCAGUGGGUUUCAUUUCAAACCCAGCAGCUACUGGGUCGGUGGAACCCAGCGGUUGCUAGGUUUGAGCAGCCGUUGGGUUCUUGCGACACCGCCGACAGGGACUCCCAGGUGAAACCCGACAAUAAACACCAACGGAUCGGUACGACUGGACGCAACCCAAACUCAAUCAAAUCGAGUAGAGAACGUUCGUCUCCGACAGCCGCAUUACCGGACCGGCUAGACAGCCUCGGCAUCAAACGGGGAAAGCCGCUAUCAAAACCCAAGAGAGGAGACAAAACCCUCACGCACUAAUCGAGUACGUAUUUUUAAUAUUGUUAAAGUUAUUUUCGAUUUCUUUCAAUUUUGAUAUCAAUUGACUAUCCAUGAAUUUUGUUUUCAAUAAAAAUUUCUAAUCAUG